UACUUACUUUAUUUCUUUUGGAUUUCAUUUUGGAUCUUUAAUGAUGCGAUUUUGAUAGAUUCACGCAUUUGACGAUUUGGAAAAUUCUUCACAAGUUGCAGUUACCAAAAGUCAUCGUUUAGCAUUCCCUUGGGUUUUUAAUUAUGCUUUAUGGCAGUCAGUUCGAGCGCAGUCGCAGUCUGCCAUUCUUGCCUGACGGGGAGAGUUUUCACGACAGUCUGUGCAAGUUUCUUGAACUUUCUUCAUUUGUGUUACUUAAGAGUUAAGAAUUGCGAGAAAUGUCAGUGCUUCCUGAGGGAGCCGUGUUGGCAGCAUGCAGUGUUCGUUCAGGACGGAUACAGUCUUCCGCUGGCAUUUGCUAGUUUGCCAGAUAACUUGGGCUUCCAUCAUGACAACUCACUGCAAAAUGUGGAACAAUCUUCAGAGAACAGCGCAAUCCCGUCGGUCGUGGCGCGAACGGCUAUCCGUCCGCAAACAGUGUUCGGACCGUUUAUAGCGCCGCUGUGCGAUGUCGGCGCAGCUCAUUCGCGGACAUAUUCGUCGGCCGACGGACAGCAUGUGACGUGCAGUCCAGGGAAUGAUCAUUGGUGCAACUGGAUGAAGUUGGUCAGGACGGUUGACCACGGCCAACACAACCUCCGCGUCUUCAUCCGAGAACACAAAGUCCUCUUCGUCGCCGUCAAGGUCAUCCUUCCCGGCGAAGAACUCACACUGGCGUUGCCUCAAAUUGACCGGAAGGAAAUCAUCGACAGCCAUGUGAAUUACGUAGCUGUAUCUAUGGAUGUGAGUAGCGGUACUUAUGGUGACGAAAUUUCCUGCUUGGUUAAGAGCGAGGAUGAUGGCGGCCAAGAUAGCAAUAUGAAAGCGAUACCCGUGGCAGUUGCACUCGACGUUCCUGCUGCUUGUUUUUCCGUGGAUGCACGGCCUGCGGCACAGCAUGCUGACCAGAUAGAUCUCUUGGCAUGUUCCCAGCCACUGCCAGCGCCGUCGGAAGGGCACACGCCGGCACCACUGCCUUUAACGCGCAGUAUGCAACGCGAAAAUUCUCCGGAGUAUCCAUUUCCUUCUAGCUUCCGUCCGAUUGCACCUGAUGCAUCACUAAAAGCGGCGUCCCAUCCGGAGAAACGUCAGAGUGAUGAGAAAGAAUCCACCGGUGUUGCGUCAAAGCAAACACCCUUCUCGCGUGUUUAUUCCCUUCGUGGACGAAACGUCGCAAGCGCCAGUUUAGCCUGUAGCGAUGACGAUUUCUCGGAUGACCGCAACGAAGAUUUCUGGUCAGCUGCGGACAACGGGCGAGGUAGGAAACGUCGCACAGUCAACGCGAGAGCCAAGUUGCCUCCGAAGAAAAUCGGAACAGUGGGGGCAGUGUUACCAAGUAAUGGUCCGGAAUGCCGAAUGAACUAGCUGCAGGGUGCUCGCGUGUGGAGAGAAUGCGACGAUUGAAUGCGGUUGCUAAGAUUAAUCCCUUACAGUUCUCCUCCCGCAGCGAACGUAGUGCUGCGUGGAAAGCAGUGUGGCAGGCGUACACG